UUGGUAUUAUUUUUUGCGUGGGCGUAGACUUUGAACGAGUAACAGUUCUCACCACCAAUAAUUACAUUUGAUGCAUUCUUGGCAGUAACAAUUUGCUCAUGCUUAAGUGUAUGAUGAAACCAGUAUGCGUCGUCCUGGGGACGACUGGUGCAGGCAAAUCAGACUUGUCCAUAGAAUUAGCAAAAUGCUUUGCAUCAGAAGUUAUCAACUCAGACUCGAUGCAGAUUUAUAAGGGUCUGGAUAUUAUCACCAAUAAAGUCACCGAAGAGGAGAUCCAAGGUGUUCCUCAUCACUUGAUGUCGUUUUUGGACUUCAACAAAGAAUACAGUGUGGCAGAGUUUGAACAGGAUGCAAGACGGGUGAUUGACGACUUGCAUGCCAGAGGUAAGAUUCCUGUCAUUGUCGGGGGUACACACUAUUAUUUACAAUCUCUUCUUUUUAAAGACUCAACGUUAUCUGAUAUCGAUGUAAUUGAAAAAGCAGCUGGUAAGGACACCACAAGUGAAAAGCAUAAAGACGCUUUUAUACUUGACGAAAGCCCUCAAGUCAUGUUAGAUUAUUUAGAAAAAGUCGAUCCUGUCAUGGCACAGCGGUGGCAUCCACAAGACGGUCGCAAGAUUCGGCGUAGUCUUGAAAUCUUCUUUCACACGGGAAAACGCCCAAGUGAUCUCUAUGCUUCUCAAAAAAAGAAUGAAUUAGCACUUCAUUACAAAACCCUUGUUUUUUGGCCUCGGUGCGAUUAUUCUGUAUUGGCGGAUCGUCUUGACAACAGGGUUGACGCGAUGCUUCAACGCGGACUCGUGAAUGAGAUUCUCCAGUAUCACGAACUAGCAAAAAGUCGGAACUUUGAGCCAGAUACUACUCGGGGUAUAUGGCAGUGUAUUGGCUUUAAGGAGUUUAUCCCGUGGUUAAAAGAUAGAACCGAAAAGUCAUUCGCUUCCGGCGUUGACCGUAUGAAGAUUUCCACUCGUCAAUAUGCAAAAUCACAAGUAAAGUGGAUCAAGAAUCGGUUCCUUCCUCAGGCUGUUCAGAUUCACGACCGCGAUUCAAGUUCUGUAUUAUUCUAUGUGUUAAACUCUACUGACUUAACACAAUGGAGGCGCCAAGUGUCUGAUGCAUGCGAUAUCUUUCGGGACUUUUUCAACGAAAACACUGCAUCUAACAUUGUUCUUUCUGAAGAACAAAAGGAACUGUAUGAAGAAGCACGCGGUAGGCUCAAAAUUGAUCCCAACGAUUUACACAAAAGAUUUGUAUGCGACACAUGUCUAGACAAACGGAGGGCACCGUUUGUAGCCAUAGGUGAACGGGCAUGGUCCAUCCACUUGGCGAGUCGUAGGCACAGACAAUUUGUUCGGCGGAAGACGCAGCGGGAGCAGUUGUCUCAAUAUAAAAAAGGUAGCACCUCUGUAGAGCCCUCCGUAGAAGGAAGCAAUUCAGAAGAAAACUAAACCAGAAUGGAAUCAAGGCCAAUCCUAAUUAUAAAAUAAUUACAUUCACCAGAAUUUGCAUGCUAUAUACUGUUUCUCAUUGGCACCUUCCCUCACACGGAUCUCACUGCUUGCAACCACAUUAUAUUAUUAACGCAUACAUUUCAUAGAAAAGACAUUUUGAAUCUAAUAAAUGUCGAUAUAGUAAGAAAUACACGAACUAUUGCUAUUUCAC